UUGGCAGCUAAAGCUGUGCAGCUCUCAGGUUGCCUGCUGGCAGUGGGAACCAGUAAUCCCCCCUUUUUCAGACUAGCAUUGGUGAAUUGCACUCAUACAAGUUAAUGCAGCUUUUUUUUGUAUCAUGCCAAAGAAGCGGGAGCAGAAGGAAGGGCUUUUAUUCCCACCCAAAGCCUCUUCACUCCCCAUUUCUCCUCCUGAAAACAGAUAUAGGUGAGCCUGGGAGGAGCGCGGUAUUGUGUGAGACCUCCGUGACCGUGGGCCUCAGCAGACGGAGCAGGGCCUACCCCUCCCCGGCCAGGAGACGCCACCGCACCACCUUCAGCCACAAACAGCUGGAGCAGCUGGAGGUGGCCUUCAGCCAGAACCAGUAUCCUGACAUCUACUACAGGGAGGAGCUGGCUCGCGUCACCAAGCUCAAUGAAGCUCGCAUCCAGGUUUGGUUUCAGAACAGAAGAGCCAAGCAGCGCAAGCAGGAGAGGGCUUCACAGAACCUUCUCCCAGUGGGGGGGUUGCCCGGCCACAGGGUGAUGCUGGGGGGGGUGCACGUCCAAUCGUCUGGUAUGGCUCGACAGUACUACCCUCAACCCCUGGCUCACAUCCCCCGCUUCUCCUCCAUGUUGCCCUCUGGGGCGUACUCCCGCCACCCCAGCCCAGCCAGUCGCUGCCCCUGCCCCAGCGUCCUACCACAACCCAGCCCCCAGGGUCAGCACGACAACUGGUACAGCCCGCUGCGGGGCAACCUGGCCUCGCCCAUGUUCCCGCUGGGCUCCAUGGAGCCGGCUUCGCCCUGGAGCUAAGGAGUGCGUAGACAUGUUUCGAAAAGAUACCAACACGGAUCCUUUAGACUUUUAUGUGCGUGUUUAGUUUUGCUGCUACGGCAACAAAAAAAGGCUUUUGAUUUAGAAAACAACUCGUCUUCCUCUGACGUCUUUAUUCACUUGUAAUAAAACUGUUUUAAAGUAGAAUUCUGAAAGUUACGGACAUCUAGAGGUCAAAAGUACACGUUUUUAUCGAACACUGAGAGUAUAACAGCAAGCAUUUCGUGAGUUUCAACGGCUUUAAUAUUGAUUAAAGAUCAAGUCACCCCCUACCAGAGUAUUACUCCACUCCCACUUCCUGUUUGAAAAAUGCAACAAAUGCUGUUUCCUAGCAGACCGAGAAGGCGGAGCCACUAACACACACACACACACGCUCACAACGACAUUGUGACAUCAUAUGGUACCAGCUAACGUUCUAGGGAACCUCUUAGCCAAUAACGGUGGCAGAUUUAAAUUAGAAUACAGUGCAGAGUUUUUACCUGACAACGGCACGACACUGACAGUUUUAGGCAGAAAAUUUAAAUUUUAACUAAAAUGCACUAAAGUGCAAAACUAUUGACUACACGUGUCUGCAGCACGAUUAGACACACAUUUAUACAGUUUAUCAGGAAUAAAAUGUUGAUUUGGGGGUGACUUGCUCUUUAAAGACCAUCUUUUUUUCUGAUAAUCUAUAUAAAUGUGUGUCUACUCGUGCUGCAGACACUUGUAGUCAAUAAUUUUGCACUUUAGUGCUUUUAAGUUAAAAUUUAAAAUUUCUGCCUUAAACUGUCAGUGUUGUGCCGUUGUCAGGUAAAAAAUCUGCACCGUAUUCUAAUUUUAAUCUGCCACCGCUAUUGGCUAAGAGGUAUGCUAUGAUGUUAGAUGGUACAUUAUGAUGUCGCAAUGUCGCGAGUGUGUGUAUUUGUUAGUGGCUCCGCCCUCUCGGUCUGCUAGGCAACAGCAUUUGUUGCAUUUUUCAAACAGGAAGUGGGAGUUGAGUAAGAAUCUGACAGGGGUGACUUGCUCUUUAAUGAAUCUCCUCUUUAAAGAGCAAGAUUAACUAAAGUGCCAACUUAUUGACUGAACGUGUCUACAGAGCAAUUAGACACUCAUUUAUAUCAAGAAAAAAAGUUGAUUUGAGGGUGACUUGCUCUUUCAUUAAGAAAUGUAGACUUGUUUUUCUUUCAACUAUGAUCGGUCUCUGAGUUCCACAUGCAGGCUGAACGUAUUUGUUUUUUUCCUGCUCACCUUUUUCUAAACAAGUUUAAAUCCGUAGCGUUUCUGAAGUCAGCGGUU